CCAAAAUGGAGACUUUUUCAAAUUUGGCCAGUUUAUAAUAUAUAUAAUGAUACUGAGUAUCUAUACAAUGAUACUGAACACACGGCUUUGUAUAAUGAUACUGAGUAUCUAUACACUGAUAAUGAACACACCGCUCUGUAUAAUAAUACUGAGUAUCUAUACACUGAUAAUGAACACACCGCUCUGUAUAAUGAUACUGAGUAUCUAUACGCUGAUAAUGAACACACCGCUCUGUAUAAUGAUACUGAGUAUCUAUACGCUGAUAAUGAACACACCGCUCUGUAUAAUGAUACUGAGUAUCUAUACACUGAUAAUGAACACACCGCUCUGUAUAAUAAUACUGAGUAUCUAUACACUGAUAAUGAACACACCGCUCUGUAUAAUAAUACUGAGUAUCUAUACACUGAUAAUGAACACACCGCUCUGUAUAAUGAUACUGAGUAUCUAUACACUGAUAAUGAACAAGCUGAGAGAGACAUUUUGAAAACAGAAGUUAAAAGAAGGCAGAAGAAAAUAGAAGAAGAAAAAAAGAAACAAAAACAGGAAGUUGG